AUGCAUCAGCGUGCUGUUAAGCAGCUUUUUGAUGUUGGAUCUUUCGGAGAAUUUCCAUCCUUAAUUGAAGCACAACGUAUAAUUGGGAUUUCUCGAUCAAGUAUCGGAAAAGUAUGCAGAGGAUGCCAAACUCGUGCUGGUAGAUAA